AUGUCAAAAAGCAAAAAGAAGAUCAUAACAUUUUCUGCAAUUUCUAAUGAAGAACUAUUGACAGAGAUCCUCCUUCAUCUCCCUGUAAAAUCACUCGUUCGUUGCAAAUGCGUAUCGCGAAAAUGGCUUUGUUUAAUAACUAGCCCUCAGUUUACGCGCCUCAGAGUCCCCUGUUUUCGCCCUGCAAGUGGCGUUUUUUUGUACCACUCUUCAUUUUUAACCAACCCGUAUCACAAGUUUGUGCCAUUUAGCCUGGAAAACCCAAUUCCAACACCAUUACAAAAGUUCCCUUUUCUACAACAUGAUCAUCACAAUCCUAAAAUCAUGAUAUCGCAAUCUUGCAAUGGACUUUUGCUCUGUCAUACAGUUCAUAAUCCGUUCACGUUUGAUGAAAACUACUACAUAUUCAACCCGACUACUCAACAAUUUGUCACACUUCCUAGACCAUUAUCAGGGGAUGUUAUCGGAAUGAGUUUAGCCUUUGAUCCAUGGAAAUCAUCUCAUUACAAAGUUAUCUCCCUCCAAAUUUCUAAACUUGAACCUGCAAAUCACCAGAUAGAGAUUUACUCAUCUGAACAUAAGAAAUGGAGAGUUUCUGGACAACCUUUUCCUAGACAUUACGAUAUAUGUUUCAAAAACAGACUAGUUUACUGGAAUGGAGCCAUUUAUGUGUCAUGUAUCAAACGUUUCAACGUAGAACAAGAAAAGUUUGAAGAGGUUGCCAUACCUGAAGUCCAAGAUCAUGAAGAGGAUGAUUACAUGAUCGUCUACUUUGGGGAGUCUUAUGGCCAUUUGCACCUCAUACAAGUGAAUCGCCAGAACUUAGCUUUGUACAAUGUCUACGAGAUGAAACAUGAUGGUACAGGGUGGUUCUUGAAGUACGAGGUGAAUUUUGAAGACGUUGUGUUGGCAUUUCCUCACAUAAUUCGAGGUUUUCUCGAGACAACAGAUUUUCAUUACUAUGGCAUGGCUGUGCUAGAUGUUGUAAGGGGAGAUAAAGAAGAGGAUUCAUUCUUGAUUUUGCAUAUUCCUGGAAUGGUUAUACUACGUUACAACUUGGUGGAUAAGUCAUUCUACAAGCUCUGGGAUUUUGACAAUGGAGUUCAUGAUGCAUUUGCUUGGUGUCUGCAUUUUGAUAGAUCAAACACUUACCAGUACAUUGAAUCUACCUAUUGUUGGUAA